AAUAAUUACCUUUGCGACCUCUGUACCUUCUGGCUUCCUUCACUCUUAGGCACAAGAUAUGGCCCUUCCUGGGUUGGUUCACAUUCACCAGCAGGCAGCUGGGUUAGCAGCUCCUCUCUACAAGGUCAAGGAGAAAGUCUCCUGGAACUGGCAGGAGGAAAGAUGGGGGAGGAGACGAGCCUGAGGAAACGCAAGGAGGAUGAGAGGUCGUUGCAGAGUAACAAACCCCAAACCACAGAUCUCCAGAAAGAGGUGGGCCUGUUCAGUGGCAUCUGCAUCAUCGUGGGAACCAUCAUUGGCUCCGGGAUCUUCAUUUCCCCCAAGUCUGUGCUCAGCAACACAGGAACUGUGGGGCCCUGUCUCAUCAUAUGGGCAGCCUGCGGGGUCCUCGCCACACUGGGUGCUCUGUGCUUUGCAGAGCUUGGCACAAUGAUCACCAAGUCGGGUGGCGAGUACCCGUACCUGAUGGAGGCCUUUGGGCCCAUCCCUGCCUACCUCUUCUCCUGGACCAGCAUGAUGGUCAUGAAGCCCUCAUCCUUCGCCAUCAUCUGCCUCAGCUUUUCGGAGUAUGUGUGUGCAGCCUUCUACCCGGGCUGUCAGCCUCCCAAGGUGACCAUUAAAUGCCUUGCCGCCGCUGCCAUCUUGCUUAUCACCACCGUGAAUGCUCUGAGUGUGCGGCUGGGGAGCUACGUGCAGAACGUCUUUACUGUGGCCAAGAUGGUGAUCGUGGUCAUCAUCAUCAUCAGUGGCCUGGUCCUCCUGGCCCAAGGGAACACAAAAAAUUUUGAAAAUGCCUUUGCGGGUACACCGCCAUCUGUGGGAGGCAUCAGCCUGGCACUUUACAACGGACUCUGGGCAUACGACGGAUGGAAUCAACUCAAUUACAUCACAGAAGAACUUAGAAAUCCUUACAGAAACCUGCCCCUGGCUAUUAUCAUCGGGAUCCCUCUGGUGACACUGUGCUACAUCCUCAUGAACGUCUCCUACUUCACCGUGAUGACCCCGACAGAACUUCUGCAGUCCCCGGCGGUGGCCGUGACCUUUGGUGACCGCGUCCUCUAUCCAGCCUCUUGGGUUGUUCCGCUUUUUGUGGCAUUUUCCACCAUUGGAGCUGCUAACGGGACCUGUUUUACUGCAGGCAGAAUCAUUUACGUCGCAGGCCGGGAAGGGCACAUGCUCAAGGUGCUCUCUUACGUCAGUGUCAGGCGCCUCACACCCGCCCCCGCCAUCAUCUUCUAUGGCCUAAUAGCAACGAUUUAUAUCAUCCCUGGUGACAUAAACACCUUGGUCAAUUAUUUCAGUUUUGCUACAUGGUUAUUUUAUGGGAUGACAAUUAUAGGACUUGUUGUGAUGAGGUUUACGAAGAAAAACCAGGAAAGGCCUAUCAAGGUGCCUAUUUUCAUCCCCAUCUUGGUGAUUCUACUCUCUGUGUUCCUGGUUCUGGCCCCGAUCAUCAGUAAGCCUACCUGGGAGUACCUCUACUGUGUGUUGUUUAUACUAAGUGGCCUUAUAUUUUACUUCCUUUUUGUCUACUCCAAGUUUGGAUGGGCUCAGAAAAUCUCAACUGCAGAAACAUCAUCUAAGAGCCUCCCCAGGACAUGCCAGAGUGGGCAAAUUGACACUGGGUAAUUGGAGAAAGGUCCUGAGCCUUCCUACGCUGAGGACACUGGUGUCACUCUUCAUUCUGCAGCCCUGACCGACCCUCAUCUAUCUUAGGACAAACACAACUUUAGCUAUUUGUGUAUUUUUGCGUCUAAAAAGAAGCAUUAUGCUGAAGUCUGUGAGAGAGACUGAAACUACACCUAUUUUUAAAGCUGAUAACUGUACUAUACUCACAAUAUUUUAUCUCCCAAGUAGCUUGGUUUUGGGAAACCUUCAGAGCUCCUGAGCAGCCUCACCUGGGAGGCAAUCAAUGGCCCAUUUUUUUCCUCUGCUCUGAGUGCCUUGAAUUGGGGCAGUACACAAUAUCAUCCUGGAUCCAGCACUGUGCCCGGCACACUCCAGCUAAUUGAUAUUUAUUUACCUCUUCCUUGCUCCUGUCAGCCUAUCUGGCCAGGAAAGAACUCUGCAGGCCUCCUAUGAGGUUAUUUAUGUACUUGCAACUUCGAAAAUGAAAAUAACUAUCCAUCCAUCCAUAAUUCACAUAGAACUUAGAGAAGUAUGAAAGAGCAAAACCCAACUAGAAGACAGGAAAAUAGAUGUGGGACUCAAGCACAGCCAAAGUGGGUGAGCUUGUCUGUCCUCAGAGCCUUUCCCCACCUGCUUCCCCAGCUGGGGAGUCAGGGACCAUCACUUACCUGACAGCAAUGCCAGAGGUGAGAGAGAGGAUUCAUUUUCUAUAAUUAGCAAAGUGAAAACAAAGCAUAACAUGAGUGUCAUUUCCAUCCAGGACUUUCUGCUUUUCUACUUAGUUCCUUCUACCCCCAGCCUCUUUGCUCUGCUCUUAACCUCAGCUGAUAGGCUGCAGGCACACACCUAUAGAAAAAAAAAGAAAAUUAGUGAAAUCCACCCCCACUCUCCACUUCAGAAAUGUGCUUGGAUUUGAUCAGACUGACAGAGAGCCUAAGCAGGAUGACUUGCAACCUAAAUGGUACAAAAUAUGAUUUGCUUCUUGCCACUCGCAUAUCUAACCAAGCUGUUCCCUCCAAAAACUGAUAAGCAGUUGUGUCAAGUUAGUGAACAUAAAAAACUAUUUCAAACAAAAGCAGUCUCAGUGACUUCAGACUACUCGCCACUUGGUCAGUGGCAGUAAAUACAUCCACAUAUGAGUCACGCAUACUUUUCCUAUUGGGUAAAUUGUUGAGGAGAUAAUAAAAUAUUGAGAAGGUUCCCAGUUCCUGAAUAGGAAAUAAGUGAAUCCCAAAGAACACAGCUAGUAGGAUAGUUCUGACUCACUUUAAAUACCAGAUGUCCCAAGUGCAAGGUGUAAGAGGAACAUACUACUACGGGGUAAGAAUAUCACCAACAAGCACAGUGAAGCCUUUCAGCUACAUUUUUCUAACUGUCAUGAUUUGCUGACUUGUGUUCCAGAGCCAGUUACUAUGUACCUACAGAUGCUGAUGGAAGUCGUCCCACCAGAGAAAGACCUGGAGUAACAAGUGCAUUUCUGUAGCUCAAAGCUAUGAUGAAUUUAUUUUUGUAAGCAGUAUUUGUGGUUAUUUUUCCUAUGAAAAGUGUUCAGAUGUUUAUAUAAUAUUUUUAGAUAACCUUAAUACUAUGGGUGGUGUUCUAGACAGGAGGAGUGAUAGGUGUGUGUUAGUUAUUAAGAGAAGAGUCACCUAACAGAAGGCUGGUGGCAGGUUGCAUAAAACUCACCAUUCUGGAGAGAACUAUUUAAUAAGGAUACAACACACUGAAACACAGAGCAGGACUGGGGGUUUUGCUCAGUGGCAGAGCAUUUCCUUAGCAUGUGCAAGGCACUGCAUUCCAUCACUAGCACUGGAAGUAAAUAAGUUAAAUUAAAUUUAAAAUAAAAAGAUAAGAGUGAUCUAUAAAGGCUACUCCUAUAAAUCAGGUAAUAUUUUUGCCUUGAUAUUAGUGGCAAGUAUUUAAAAAUUUUUUUUU